UGUGGGAGCACGCAGGCCGCGUGGAGCAGGGUGGCGUCCAAGGAGCCUCGCGCUCAGUGCCACCUCCCCUGCGCCUUUCCACGAAAGCGUCCUGCGCCUUCGCCUUUUCCCCUCGGGAGUCGCCCGGACACCGUGAUGCUGUCGGGCAGCGCUCAGCCCGCAAGCGAAGGCGAGAAGACCCAGGAACAGAGCAAAGAUGCAGCAGGCCACGUGGAGCUCAGCGUCCCGCCCGGGCGGCGCCUCACCAUCGAUGACUUUGAAAUCGGGCGCCCUCUUGGCAAGGGAAAAUUUGGGAACGUGUACCUGGCUCGGCUCAAGGAAAGCCACUUCAUUGUGGCCCUGAAAGUCCUCUUCAAGUCCCAGAUAGAAAAGGAAGGACUGGAGCACCAGCUGCGCAGGGAAAUUGAAAUCCAGGCGCAUCUACAACACCCCAAUAUCCUACGCCUGUACAACUAUUUCCAUGAUGCACGCCGCGUGUACCUGAUUCUGGAAUAUGCUCCAAGGGGUGAGCUCUAUAAGGAGCUGCAAAAGAGCCACACAUUAGAUGAACAGCACACAGCCACGAUAAUGGAGGAAUUGGCAGAUGCUCUGACUUACUGCCACGAGAAAAAGGUGAUUCACCGGGAUAUUAAACCAGAGAACCUACUGCUCGGGUUCAAGGGUGAGGUGAAAAUUGCAGACUUUGGCUGGUCUGUGCACACACCAUCUCUGAGGAGAAAGACAAUGUGUGGGACUCUGGACUACUUGCCCCCAGAAAUGAUUGAGAGGAGAACAUACAAUGAGAAGGUUGAUCUGUGGUGCAUUGGAGUACUUUGCUAUGAGCUGUUGGUAGGAUAUCCACCCUUUGAGAGCCCUUCCCAUAAUGAGACCUACAGACGCAUCCUCAAGGUAGACCUACGAUUUCCCCCAUCAUUACCUUUGGGGGCCCAGGACUUAGUCUCCAAGCUUCUCAGAUACCAGCCUUUGGAAAGGCUACCCUUGGCCCAGAUCAUGGAGCACCCCUGGGUCAGGGCCCACUCGAGGAGGGUGUUGCCUCCAUCUGUUCAAAUGGCUUCUUGAGGCCUGUCUGCACCUGUUUCAUUGUGUUUGUUCAGAGCUUUGCUGGCUCUCUUUUGUUUCUUCUAAGAUGCUAAUUAAUAAAAGCUGAAUCAUUU